AUGACACUCGCUAAUCUACCGCUCGCAUCCGUUUGGGCACUAGCAUUGGUGUCUUUGCCGCCCAUCAUCGUCGACGCAUCCUUUCUUCCCACGCGUCCGGCACUACUUCGAGUUCGGGUGUCUCUUUGGGAACAACAACAAUAUCCCAUUCUGGGCAAGGAAGACGAUAUCAUGAAUCCCAAAGCGCAUGGAACGUCACACAAGCCAGUGCAAGACGACCUAAAAUGGGGUAUGGAUUUCGAGACGGCCAAUCGCAUUUGCAACUACAACCGAAGAUAUGCCGAAUACAAGGGAACCGCCACCAAUUUGCUCAACAUGAUAGAACGACAACGACAGGACGAAGUGUACGACUUUUACGAUAGUGUCACGGGUAACCUGCUAUUCACGGCACCACAAGGCCGAUCACUGCAAGAAUUCACUCAAGAAAGUCACGACCACGGAUGGCCCAGUUUUCGAGAUGCCGAAGUCAACUGGGAUUUUGUCAGGUGUUUGGAAGGUCCCGAGGGAGAAUGUGUAUCCAUUACAGGGACACAUUUGGGACACAAUCUGCCAGAUGAAAAAGGAAAUCGAUAUUGCAUCAAUCUCGUCAGUAUUGCAGGGCGGCCUCCAACCAAUUGA